AAUUUUUCUUUAUUGUUAUUUGAUUCUAACAUCUAUGAUAACCCUGACAGCAAAUUCGGUAACAUGAAGAAGGGCACUAAACAUGAAGAUGCAUCUUUUAUCUGUGACAGAGUUGUAUUGAGUAAGGUAAAUAGCGGGUUGGGAGGGAAUGUACGGCUCAUUCUAUCUAGCGCAGCACCUCUUUCUGAUCAUGUCGAAGAGUUCCUGCGAGGGGUUGCAUGUUGUCAUGUUCCGCAAGGAUAUGGCCUGACCGAGACUUGUGCAGGGACGUUUGUCUCGUUACCGAAUGAAUUGUCUACGCUUGGUACUGUGGGUCCUCCAGUACCAAACGUAGAUAGAUGCCUAGAAUCUGUCCCUGAAAUGGGAUACGAUGCUCUUGCAAGCAUACCACGUGGGGAAAUUUGUGUCAGGGGGACACUAUUUUCAGGGUACUACAAACGUGAAGACCUCACCAAUGAGGUAUUCGCCGAUGGAUGGUUCCUCACAGGGGAUGUUGGUGAGCGGCAACCAAAUGGAAGUAUGAAAAUUAUUGAUCGAAAGAAGAACAUUUUUAAGCUUUCACAAGGGGAAUAUGUUGCAGUUGAGAAUCUGGAGAAUGUUUUUGGUCUUGCAUCUGUUAUUGAUUCGAUCUGGAUUUAUGGGAACAGCUUUGAGUCCUUCCUCGUUGCUGUUGUUAACCCCAAGAAGCAAGCACUUGAAAGCUGGGCUGCCGAGAAUGGUGUACAUGGUGGCUUUAAUUCCAUCUGUCAAAAUCCCAAGGCCAAAGAGUGCGUAGUCGAGGAGCUCUCAAAGAUUGGAAAAGAGAAAAAGCUGAAAGGUUUUGUUAUAAAAGCUGCCCAUAUUGACCCUGUCCCGUUUGACAUGGAACGUGACCCUCUCACCCCAACGUAUAAGAAGAAAAGGUCUCAACUGCUCUAAUAUUAUUUCGAUACUGUUAUGGCUUAAGUACUUUUUACACAGAACUAGGCAAUAGCCAUGAAGUCUUUCAUAAAUGCUUUGCAUUUAUUGAUGUCUUUCAAUCCAAACGAAACAUCAAUAGACAAAUAAAAAUUAUAUGUUUUCCAUUAAAGACAAAUAAAAUUUAAUUAAUUAGGGAAUUUAAGGAUUCAUUUAAGGGGAAAGCAGAACAAUUUAAGGAUGAAACUUAUAUAUAUAUAUCCUUUUCACGAUCAAUGAUCAAUGAUCAAUGAUCAAUGUCGUUUGGAUGCAGAGUGUGAUUGACAACAUGUACAAGAGUGCAAACAAGCCAAAUGCUUGACAUAGCUUUCAGCGGUUUCAAUAUAUGGUAGAGUUACACUUCCUUUUCUUUGGACUGCAAAAUCUUGUUCCUUCAUGUUUGAUGUUUCCCUUUCAAGAUUAGCGUGUACUUAAUAAUAAUUAUUUAUUUCAAAAAUUCAGUAAUGUCUUAGCGUAUACAUUUUAACUCUUAAAUAGUUUAGUAUUAAA